ACUGGCGGCGCACGGCAUUGAUGUCACUUCCGGCCUCGCGCUGGGCGCACGUGACGCCAGGCACGUACCGCGGCCCGAGGGGGUGUGGCUGGCGGCCCGGACAUCGCAUUCUUGUCCCCUUCGGGUCACGUGGAGCGCUGUGGGCAUGACCAGCCCCACUGGAGGAGUACUGCUACAAACUCAACCUUUGGAAACUUGUGGGCAACCUUUGCCCACAUUUAGGUUCGCGGGUGGAAGGAACACACACUCAGGACAUGUAGGAGGGUUCGGGCUUCCCGGCAGACAGCACGCGCAUGCUCACACUACACGGUGCACGGGUGGCCGUGUGCGCAUGCCCCGGCUCCGGCCCAACCUUGGGGCGGGCACGUUUUGGCUUCUAGGGAUACAACUGCGCAUGCCCGAAGUUCAUUAGGCACCGAGUGUGAGUGCUGGGAUUUAGGACUACUCAGUGCGCAAGCCCAAAGUCUGCACCGCGCAUGCCCAGCUCGUGCCGUGAUGCUGCGGCGGUUGUUUGUGUGUGGAUUCUGGAGAACCCGAGAUAGAUGCGGAUGUUUAUAUUGAUAGCGGUGGCGGUGGACGUGUGGCUGUGGCCGCUGGUUGGAGCUCAGCCACUGUGCCGGGACCUGAUGGCUGCAGUUUAGCGGUGAUGUGCAUCAGUGUUCGCCAAGUCAGAACAGGAAAGGUGUUUAACAGUGGACAGCCAAUUGAUGGGGGUUUUACUCUGCUGCCUGGCUGGCCUCCUUCCGUAACCUCCCCGGUGCUGGGAUCACAGGAUGCCUUAUAUUUUCCAUCUGUGACAACACGCCUGAUUAAACAUCCGUGUAAGAAAACCACGGCGCUAUAUCUAGGACAGCAGGUUUUCUUCACCAACGAUAACUUCGAGAACAGCCUGCCCCCGCUCACCAUCCCUGCGUCGAUGAUGGUCGGCCGGCCAGAGGUGACCUCUGCACAUUUCACUGGCUCGCAGCUGCUGCUGGUGGUGAACCAGAAGGUGUACACGUACGACUACACGGCUGGCGUCUGGAACGCAUCCCAGGGUAUACAGCAUCCGGUUUCCCAUGUCUCUGGUGACAGCUGCUGUUUCUCUAAAAGCACCUUUUGCCUGGAGAUAAGUAACUCAAUUUUUGCAUAUUUACAUGGAGAGCAGAUAUCUCAGGCCAAUAUAUAUUUCUCAGAUAACGGAGGAGCCAGUUUUCAAAAGUAUACCUAUGAAAGACAGGCUGAAUUGGUCGGGACGUUAGGGGGGAUCUUCUCCCUUCACUCGCUGUCCCAGGUCGGGCUGCUGGUCAUUAAUGACACGAAGGCCAUGUUCGCGUACUCCGACCACCCCCUCGACCGGAGUCUGGGCCUGGCCUUUGACUACAACGAGACGCUGGAGGUCCUCCUGCCCCCGGGCCAGCGGGGCCUGCUCAUCCUCUGGAGCCGGAACAGCCUCUUCUCGUCCCUCAGCGCAGGUCAGAUCAUGGAAACCAUCCAGGUGCAGAAAGGAGGCCAGACGCUGCUCCCGUCUAUCUUUGGUGCCAACAUCACCAUCCACAGCAUUGCUGCCUAUGAGAAUGGCCUAGCUGUGCUGACCCAGCAGGAUCAUCUGUAUUACGGGAGUCUGGGAGUCCUGUCUGGUUCCAGUUACAUAAUCAAAUUUCCAGAACAAAACGUGUGGUCCCCAGAGGCGGCCCUGAUGUUUCUGAACCCAGGCAAGCUUCAGAUCCUGACUCCGAUCCCCGACUCGGCGUCGCCUGCCUACGACUUCCAGCAGUGCGUGGUGAACAUUCAGGCGACUCUCAUGAAACCAGAGCUCCACGUGGAAGCAUGCAAAAUAGAACUGAUGGACGGCAUCUUCGAAGGGAAGAUGUACACCAUGGAUAUGAACAGCCAGCUGGUGGUGUCGGCCCUCCUGAUCCCCCGGCCGGGCGCCUCCCUAGUUCCCCAGGUGAUGGUCAGCAACCCCUACUCCCUGGGGCUGAAGACCACCAUCUACGAGUACGCCAACACCUACGAUGGGAGCGUCCUGUACAAACUGGACAUCACGCUCAAGCAGCAGCACUACUGGGGCUGGUUUGACCCCAACUUCACCUCCAGCAUCACGAGGCCCACCACGUCCACCCUGACUGUGGACAUUGCCAACAAGGAAAUCUCCUGUGUGGAUAUGAAGCCGCUGACAGCGCUCAUCUCAAUUGGUUGUGAUCAGACAAAGAAGAUCGUUGUGCAAAAUAAGAUCUCUGCCUGCUCCGUGGGUGUCCUCGACCCUCGAGUGCUGCAAGACAACUACACCUACGUCAUCGAGAAGGAAUCGCUGGCCCCGGGCCCUGGCGGGCAGGCGGCCACGAAGGACCUGAAGGUGCUCUACCCGAUCAGGGACCUGGGCUGCCCCGGCCUCGUCUACUACGACAACCCCUGGAAGCCAGCGAUCGAGCUGUGGCAAGGGGACGAGUUCGUGGAGCUGGUGGAGGCCGAAUUCGUGCUGCGCGAGGUGCACGGGCUGCACACCUUCUCCUACGAGCUCAGCGCCCGCGCCGCGGGCUGCCACGCGCAGCCGCAGAACUGGAGCUCGGUGCUGCAGAGCGCGCGCGAGCCGGGCCGUGCGCCCUGGACCCGAGAGAACUACCUGAGCUGCCACAGUUCCAGCCCCCACAACCCCUUGCGGUGGCCGAACGUCCAGUAUCAGAUCUUGGGGGGCCAGACGGACAACAAGAUCAUUUUCAAACAGAGGAACGGAAUCUACAUCUUCCAGCUGUCGAUCCUGGACCCGUACUACAGCUACUGCCAGCUGGAGACCACCUUCAGCAUCUAUGUGUACGGCGCCUACCCGCUGGCCCUCUUCAGGCCCGGGGUCACCAUCGUCCUGCUGGUGGCCAGCUCGCUGCUGGCCGUGUGGCUGGCCUACGUCCUCCCGAAGCUGUCCUACAAGCAAGGCAUCCACAGGGCCAAGGAGGCCUACAGGAGGCUACAGUGGAGACUCUGGGGGUUCUGCCGCGGCCUCCGGGCCCCGAGGCCGACGAAACCACCCUGACCCCGCCCCGGGGUCCCCUCCAGGCUGCUGUUUCAAAUAAAACGUUCGGUGUCAGAGCAGGAA